ACCUACUGCGGCGGCUUAGGUCCUAGCGGAAGAUGGCGGAGGGCGGGACAGCUCCCCCGGGCGAAGACAAGGAGGAGGAGGCUGCGGCGGCCCCGGCUUCGGCCCCGCCGACCCCGGGUGGGCAUCGCCAGGAGAAGAGGCCCUCGGCGUCGCGGGCUGGGCCCAGGCCUCCCACGGCCCGCGAUUUGCAGUUGGCCUUAGCUGAAUUAUAUGAAGAUGAAGUUAAGUGCAGAUCAUCAUUUCAAUCUGAUAAACCUAAAGCUAAAGUAUUUAAAAGCCCAAGAACACCACCUCAAAGGUUAUACUCAGGUGAACACGAGUACAGUGGGUUACAUAUAUCAGGAUCUUCAAAGACAACUGGAAAAAUUGUGAAUGAACUUUUCAAAGAGGCAAAGGAACAUGGAGCAGUUCCUCUGAACGAAACCGCAAGAGCUUCAGGUGAUGGGAACAAAUCUAAAUCUUUUUUGGGUGGUGGAUAUCGAUUGGGUGACUCCUCUCGAAAGAGAUCAGAAUAUGUCUAUGGAGAAAAUCAGCUACAAGAUGUUCAAAUUUUGCUUAAACUUUGGAGCAAUGGCUUCAGUUUAGAUGAUGGAGAAUUAAGAUCUUAUACUGAUCCAACAAAUGCCCAGUUUCUGGAGUCUGUUAAAAGAGGUGAAAUUCCUCUGGAGCUUCAGCGACUGGUCCAUGGUGGACAGGUGAAUUUGGAUAUGGAAGAUCACCAGGAACAAGAAUAUAUAAAACCUAGAUUGCGAUUCAAGGCUUUUAGUGGAGAAGGGCAAAAACUUGGAAGUCUUACACCUGAAAUAGUCAGUACGCCUUCUUCUCCUGAAGAGGAGGAAAAGUCAAUAGUAAAUGCAGUUGUUCUUGUUGAUGAUUCAGUCCCCACAACAAAAAUUCAAAUCAGGUUAGCAGAUGGAAGCCGCUUGAUCCAGAGAUUUAACCACACACAUAGGAUUGUGGAUGUCCGAGAAUUUAUUGUACAGUCCCGCCCUGAAUUUGCAAGUCUUGGCUUUGUUCUUGUAACAUCAUUUCCAAACAAAGAGCUAACUGAUGAAAGCCUGACACUUCAAGAAGCAGAUAUACUUAACACUGUGAUUCUUCAACAACUAAAGUAACCUUGCUCCUAUCUCUGCAGUAGCAUGUGGGAUAAAUAAUGUGCCAUAUUUAUAAAAAGAAACAGUACUCCAGCAGAAAAAAAUAGGAAUCACCACAACUAUUUUUUUCCCAGAUCAAUCUUGGUUUUAUUGUUGUCUUCCAGCUCCACUGUACCUAAAUGCAUUUUAUGAACGGACUUUUUCUAUUCUGUGUUGGUCCAAAUAUAGGACACAUGUUCCCUCCAAAUUUGGCUUAUAUAAAACCUGAGUGUAGCCAGUAAAUUUCCCCCCCAAUAUUCAGGUCUAGAUCUUUUCGAAAGGAAAAAAAGGAGGGAUACAGCUUGUAUCCAGGAGUAGCCAAUAUUUGGUCCAAUACAGUAAUUGUUUAUUUGGAUUUUUAGAAUUUUUUAUAACCGAGUCUCCUUAUGUUUACAAAUUCCAUAUUCCUAAACUUAAAAUGAGUUACUUCCACAGUGACAUGACAGUUUUUAAAAACAUGCAUAACCCUUGCAAAAUAAAACCAUGCUUUUGAAUAUAUACCUUAUAUUUGGUAAGAUUUACACUAAAGUAUUUUGAUGCUAUGUUGACAAACGGCGAUUUAAAAGUUUCUUGAUCAGCUUAACUAAAAUUUUUCCUUUACUAUAAUUUAUAUUGAAAAUAUAUAUUCUGGUUUAGAAGCAGAUUUAUUAUGCAAAAAGUCAUUUUUCAACACAUUCAUUUUUUACAUAUGCAUCUCCAUCAAUUGCAUUGGGUUAUAUUGGUGAUAGCAAAUAAUCUAGUUUGACCUUAAAACAUAUAUAAUUUUUCUCCAUUCUAAUUCUACUACUAUCUCAAACACCAAACAAAAAUACAUAUAUGUUAGCAGUACUAGAGGUAGUGAUAUAGGCAAAUGGUGUCAAUUAAUAGAACUCCCUCCCUGCUGUUUCCUAGUCAUCUAUAGUCAUGUUCAAACCUAGGACACACUACCUCCUGCCCCUUCCCUCGCCCUCCUCCCCACAGCAGAACUGCCAUAGAAAGACCUACCUCCUGUAGCCUCUUUGAAAUUUACUCUAGUGGUCCUUUUCAGGCAUUUCUAGCCUGAAAAACUGUCCACAUAAAUAUUUGAAAUAGUUACUAGAAACAUGAUACAGGAGGAAUAAGUGACAAUAUGAAUGGUGACAUUUGAAGUUUGGGGAGAAUUCUUUUUUGUUUCUUUCCAAGUCACCAUUUUUUGCUUACAUUAACUUUUCCCCAGCACUUUCUAUGACAAGGGCAUUUAGGAAUGUCUGUCUGUGCUUUGUCACUGCCAUUUUACUAAAUUUAUAGUACUGGAGCAAGUGAGCUUUACAAAACUGUUAUGAAAACAGUUCACUUUUUUCUCCCCUUGGGCAAAGACUGAGCCUGGCUCUGCUAACAAUUUUAAUAACGAGGCUGCUAACCUUUCCCUUUGAGAGAAUCCCCCCCACCCCAUCCCCAAGUUAUACUUGGACUAGAGGAGAUGCUUGCUGCUUGCCAGUAAUUAGAAACAACUAUUUGGUGAUAAGAAAAUGAAAAGUGUGAAAAAAUGUAGUUCAAACCCUAUUUGAUUCUUUAAAAUUUCAUUUUGUGGGUUUCCUUCUGCAUUUGAUGAGAGUGGCCAUGGCUGCAUGUAUAAAAUUGGCUAUUAUGUUUGUGCAUAACUGUCUUCCAAAAUACUUGGACCCAUGUAAGAAGAGAAAAUUAAACCUUCAAAAGAGAUAAUAUUUCUUUAACAUAUACUUUAUAUAAUAUUUUGCUUUACUGAAUGCUGUUUUCCUGACAUUUUACUUAUUGGGUUAAUAUAAUUUAUUUUAAAUUUUGACCUUAAAAAGUAGGUCAUAUUUAUUUUGCAUGAUUGUAUAAA